UUCAACAUCUACAUGAAGCCGCUGGGUGAGGUCAUCAGUGGUUUCGGGGUGAGUUAUCAUCUGUACGCUGAUGAUACUCAGCUGUACUUUUCCACCCCGGACCACCCCAAUGAAGCUGUCGAAGUGCUGUCCCGGUGUCUGGAAGCCGUACGGGUCUGGAUGGGGAGAAACAGACUCAAGCUCAAUCCCUCCAAGACGGAGUGGCUGUGGAUGCCGGCACCCCGGUACAGUCAGCUGCAGCCGCAGCUGGCUGUGGGGGGCGAGUUAUUGGCCCCAACGGAGAGGGUGCGCAACUUGGGUGUCCUCUUGGAUGGGCGGCUGUCGUUUGACGAUCAUUUGGCGGUCGUCUCCAGGAGGGCUUUUUACCAGGUACGCUUGGUCCGCCAGUUGCGCCCCUUUCUUGACCGGGAUGCCUUAUGCACGGUCACUCAUGCCCUUGUCACUUCCCGCUUGGACUAUUGCAAUGCUCUCUACAUGGGGCUGCCCUUGAAGUGCACCCGGAGGCUGCAGCUAGUUCAGAAUGCAGCUGCGCGGGUAAUAGUGGGAGCGACUCGUUGCUCCCAUGUAACAUCAAUCCUGCGCAGCUUGCACUGGCUUCCUGUGGUCUUUCGGGUGCGCUUCAAGAUUUUGGUUACCACCUUUAAAGCGCUCCAUGGCUUAGGACCCGGGUACUUACGGGACCGCCUGCUAUUACCUUUUGCCUCCCAUCGACCCGUACGCUCCCACAGAGAGGGCCUUCUCAGGGUGCCGUCCGCCAAGCAAUGCCGGCUGGCGGCCCCCAGGGGAAGGGCCUUCUCUGUUGGAGCUCCUACGCUCUGGAAUGAAUUUCCCCCUGGUUUACGUCAAGCGCCUGAUCUUCGGACCUUUCGCCGUGAGCUGAAAACGCACCUAUUUAUUCAAGCGGGACUGGAUUGAUAUUUUAUUGGGGUAUUUAUGUCUUAUGAUUUUAAAUGGUUUUAAAAAUUUUGGCCACGUUAUAAUAUUUCUUUUUAACUUCUUUUUAAUGUUUAUACAUUGUAUUUUUACUAGGCUGUACACCGCCCUGAGUCCUUCGGGAGAAGGGCGGUAUAAAAAUUGAAAUAAAUAAAUAAAUAAAUAAAUAAAUUACUGCAAGUUCAAGUCCCACCAGGCCCAAGAUUGAUUCAGCCUUCCAUCCUUUAUAAGGUAGGUAAAAUGAGGACCCAGAUUGUUGGGGGCAAUAAAAAGUUGACUUUGUAUAUAAUAUACAAAUGGAUGAAGACUAUUGCUUGACACAGUGUAAGCCGCCCUGAGUCUUCGGAAAAGGGCGGGAUAUAAAUGCAAAAUAAUAAUUAAAAAAAAUACUGCCACUCUCGCAAAACACAGUCAGGUGAACAUUGGGAUAUUGCAAACAACCGUCCAUGUUGCCAAGAGCCCAAACUUUGCAUGUAUGACUAUGGGGAGAAGGGGGAAUCUGUCAGAAUUUUGAAUCCAGGGCACAAGUAGCCCCAAGGAAAGUCUGUUGUAACUUCAACCUGUCAUAAGUCAAGGACUAUCUGUAUUUGCUUUUUCUCUCCUUAAUCCCUAAUCCGAAAGGUGCUUUUUUUUUCCCCAAGAGGCAACUGGACUUUUGGAUUUUUCUUUUGAAGACAUUUCGCUUCUCAUCCAAGAAGCUUCUUUAGCUCUGACUGGAUGGAGGAGAACGGAAGGAUUUCUACUCCUUGCAGACAGCUGGUCAUUUACAUCCUUUUUAAAGAGUCGUUGAGGCCACUUGGAGGUUUGUCUAGAUCAGUGGUUCUCAACCUGUGGGUCGCGACCCCGUUGAGAACCGCUGAACUAAAGGAACUGCGGAAGACCAGAGGGAGCAGAAGAGCUCUUUGGGUUUCUGACUGGGAGCGCAAAGUUUCUACAGCAGAGCACAGAAAUGGAAAGGCAAAGCAAGUGCCAAGGGAAGAGAAAAUGUGUAGCUGAGGAUUGAACUGUGGGGUCCUCGGUGCUCUCUGAGCUUGGUGGUUUUCUUGCAGACGUUUCAUGACCCAACUAGGUAACAUCAUCAGGGCUAGAAGGGAGUGGGGGGGUUUGUGGGGAGGAGG